CGGUUCUGAUAACAUAAGAGCCGGUACAGGAGUGUAACCCUUUUUCUAUAAUUGACCAAGAAGAAUUGCCUUGCAAACCUUACUUUGAAAAGGAAGAUACCACGAAUUUUGGAAAUCCAAAUAAUAACGGCCUUUCGGUAUACUGUACUGCGCUGGAACUAGCCGACGCCAAAACACUUUACACCUUGAGCUUUUCGACAACUUUGCCAUGGUAUUCUGCGGGAAGCCAAGUAAAGGUUGCUUGAACUGCCGGAAGAGGAGAAUCAAGGUAUGGGAGCCCCAUUCAUGUGCGAUCUUACAAAAGCUUAUUAUUUAUAGUGCGAUCAGAUCCAACCAAGUUGCUCGCAAUGCUUGAGAGCAGAAAAAGACUGUUCCGGUUAUCGUGAUCAAUUGGACCUUCAAUUUCGGGAUGAAAAUGCAACAGUAAUUAUGCGAACCGAAAAGAAAAGAGCAAAGCAAAUAGUUGAUCGGACGAAAUCCCGUUCAUCAUCACCACGUCGAGCAAUGAUUUCAGAAGCCACUUCCAAAAGUAGCCCCAAGAAACACCCUCGUCCUUCGACAACCUCAAGAAGUGGCUCACCCGGCGGGGACGUUGCAAUGAUCUUAGCAGAUGUAGGCUUGAGCUUCUUCUUCACACAUUACGUCGAUGCGCCUUACAAAACUGCGAACGAAGAAAAGAUUGUGAACUCGUCUUUGUUGUGGGAUGUUUCCCAUAUGAACCCCCUCCUGUUCACCACUGCAUCUUGCAUUGGAUAUGCUGGUCUAGCAAAUGUGUCCAAAAAUCCGGAUUUCAUGAUUGUUGCGAGGAACAAGUACGCAGAAGCAAUUCGCGCCAUCAAGUCCUGGUUGGAAAUCCGGGCAAGUAAAGACUUUAAGGUUCUCUUCAAAUCGGUGAUGAUGUUGGCAGUAUUUGAAGUAAGUAGGAUGAAUACUGAAAGGCACUUCUCUGACUGGAUUUCUGUCAGAUCAUCAACGGCACGACACCAGACACAGCGGAAGGGGCCGAAGGCUGCGUAUCUGAAGGCAGAAGGGUUCACAUCGAAGGAGCCGCGGCCUUGCUCAUGAUAAACUCGCAACGAAGAGAUGCGGUUGUGAUGCCUCCGUUGCGAUGUCAAUCGCAGUUCUGCUUCAUUGCGGUAUGUGUUUUCGUUUUCUGGCUCUUGUUGUUGUUGAAAUCAAUCUGAUAGCGAAUUGCAGUUGGUCAAUAGCAUCUCCAGUAACGAGCCAAUCCCACAACCAAUUCGGGAAUGGCCCCAACAGUCCUUUAAGAAUCUCGAUGCUAGCGAAGCACUGGCGGUUGACCUUGUCCGCAUCUGUUCCUCGGUCGUUGAUUUGGACUCCUUUGCGAAAUCCAACGAGUCCAUCGACCCCGAAAUCCUCAUCGCACAAGCGCGCGAAUUGGAGACUGCCUUGGAGAAUUGGGAAGGAGAGCUUCCGUCUCAAUGGUCGUUUUCAACCCGUCCUGUUGCUGAUACCGGAAGUGAUAUAUAUGAUGGAAAAACACAUAUGUACACUGACCUGUGGACUGCGAGGACUUACAAUCACUAUCGUUGGACUCGAAUUCGAGUAAACGAGAGGUUGUUUCGGAUGUUGUCAGAAAAGAAGUUGGAUAUGAUGCAAGAUGAGCACAAGAAAGAACAACAGAAAUGUCUUUCUACCAUCCUGCGUAUGGCCGAAGACAUCUGCAGCAGCAUUUCCUUCGCUUUCAGCUGUCGUUUUUGCCCUAACCCUAAGGAUGCUGCGGCUCCGCCGAUCUCUGCCUCGUUCGUCAGUAUUUUUCCUUUGGCCUCCGCCUCCGAUGCCCUUGGUGUGUCCCAGAAAAUUCAUGACUUCGGCGUGAAUAUGCUUGAGGAAAUCGGACAUGAUAGGGGCAUUAUUCAAGCUUUGCAAAUAGCAAAACUGGUCAGAAGUCGACGAGCGCAGCGAAGCGAAGAAGCUCAAACUCCACAAUCUCAGCUCUCAGGUUUCGAGGUACGAGAAUGAGAUAUCGCGACGAAAGGAAACUAGAUUGCAAGUUCCAUGAUUUCUUCGUCGCCGAUGAAGACAAUGAUGAUGACGAAGAGCCAUCAUCUCUCUUUCAAAUGGGCCUGGCGAAGCCUCAAGAGGGGGAUUGUCACGUGAUAGGCCAGGGGUAAGCGGCUCCAGGGGUGGCUUUGGUGCCAAGACUUGAAACUUCCCCGCCAAAUCAAGCGCCGAGGUCGUCCCUGCGACUCUCUCUCACUCGCUCGCCUCACUCCAAUUUCGGACGUCAUCAAACUUCCACAACCACCUGAACCUGCACCAUUCUUCUGCUGGUACCGUGUCACCCACCAUAGAAUCCAUCCACCAACAUCUAUACCUUCAUCUAGGCUCACCAUCACUUCCACUUCGCUUUCAUGAUCGCUUGUCGCAUGCUCGCAGUCAGUCUUUCCAUCAUGCAUUAUGGCAGCAUCUACAACGUUACUCGACUCGGCCAUUUGUUGGCUGCUCUCGACAUUCCUAGACAACUCUAGCACUUAUCAGGAAGGCCACUAGGAUUGUUCCUUCGUCAUCCAUCCUUCGCACAAGUCACGGCUACAAUUCAUGCACAGUAAUAUAAAAUGUAUCUAAAGCCUGCAGACUUUCGUCACAUUCCCCUCAUUCGGCACCCUUUCACGGCAUUUCAGGGGAAGCAGCCAAUGAACACAUCAGAUCAAAUAUGGUUAGGUUAUCGAAACGAGGAUUUUAUAUCUUUUGUAGGGAUGUCCCGGGAGACCGACGAGGCCGGUCCUGCUCAAGUGAGCUCUCCGGCAGACCCAUGAGGGGUUGUUGUGAUCGACAGCGGG